AUGGCCCACCCCGAGACACUCCUACCCAUGACGGAGAUCGAAGACCCCAUCGAUCGAUUCGUCGCCGUGACCAAGUUUUACUUGAGCGGCUGGCACAUCAAACCUCCAGGCGUUAAGAAGCCGCUGAACCCGAUUCUGGGUGAGAUAUUCACCGGAUACUGGGACUACCCCGAUGGUACAAAAGGUUAUUACAUCUCCGAGCAAACGUCGCACCAUCCACCCAAGUCGAGCUACUUCUUCAUGGCGCCGGAACAUCACAUACGGAUAGACGGCACGUUGAAGCCAAGGAGCAAGUUCUUGGGCAAUUCAGCAGCGAGCAUGAUGGAGGGCAUAGCAGUGAUGCGAUUUCUGAACACUGGGGAAAGAUUCUUCGUUACGCAACCUAACAUGUAUGCGCGCGGCAUCCUCUUUGGCAAGAUGAAGUACGAGCUCGGCGACCACAGCUACAUCCGGUGUCCGGAGACUGGCAUGGUGGCCGACAUUGAGUUCAAGACUAAGGGAUACUUUGGUGGCACAUAUAAUGCGAUUGGUGGCUUCAUCAAGGACAAGAAUGACAAGCAACUAUUUGAGCUUUCGGGCUUGUGGAACGAGGAGAUGUGGAUCAAGGACUUGACGACUGGUAAGAAGGAGCUUCUCUUCGACGCAUCCCAUGCCAAACCCUCGUACCCGAAGGCUCGACCACUGGAGGAACAAGACGAACGAGAAUCGCAAAAGCUGUGGCACGAAGUGACUGAAGCCGUGAAACGGAAAGACCAAGACACAGCGACCAACGAGAAGGCACGCAUUGAAGAUCGGCAAAGAGAAGAGGCGGCCAAGCGGAUGAACGAGGGAGUGGAUUGGCAUCCGCAAUUGUUCCGCCGGGUACAAGGUGGCCAUGGUGGAAGCGAAGAGGGUGAGGAGGAUCUCGAUUGGAUCAUCAAUGCGAAAGUCGACGGCAAGACGCCUCAAGAGCAGAUAAAACAGGUGCUCGAGAUUGCAGCUAUCCUCCCCGGCCAAGCACCACACCGUAAAUUUAGUAUCCCUGCUUUGUCCCGGACCAACACCAAUGACCCAGCUGCAGCAGGCAACCACGCCAUCCAGCAGAGCCACCCAAUUCAAAGCAACACAAAUCCAGAAGUCAGUAAAUCAGAUCCCGACCUCCAACAAAAGCAGCAAACUUUCGGCGACCUCAUUGAUCUUAGCGACCCGACUCCUAACAAGGAUAUAGACGUGAAUGCGAACAACCCCAACAACCCUCCGCAACUUCCACUCGACAAACCGAAGUCUCAGCCUGAAAACUUCAUUCCUGAGAAGAAGCCCCAGGAUGAGUUUGCAGAAGAUCUACCGCCCAGCAAGUUGUUAAACUUCGUGCAGGAGGAGCCCGGACAAGGGCCUGCAUUGAAGAGAAUGGAUACGGAGACCGAGGAGGAAGAGCAAUUCCACGAUGCGCACUCGUGA